AAACUCAUAUGAACAUUGUCCGAGGACAUUCCCUAGUGCUUCACAUUUAAACCGUCAUGUGAGCAUCCAUACUGCCGAGAAACCCUUCACCUGUGAACAUUGCUCAAUGGUAUUUUCUAAAGUUUCAAAUUUAAAAGAUCAUGGAAAAUUUCAUACUGGCGAGAAACCAUUCGCCUGUGAACUUUGCUCAAGAGUAUUUUCUCGAAUUUCAAAUUUAAAAUUACAUGUGAGAAUUCAUACUGGAGAGAAACCAUAUAAGUGUGAAUUUUGCUCUAAGGAGUUUACUCAAAUGGGACACUUGAAAGGGCACCGGAGGACUCAUACUGGCGAAAAACCAUUUUCCUGUGAACAGUGCUCAAAGGUAUUUACCAACGCUUUGAAUUUAAAGAAUCAUCUGAGAACUCAUACUGGCGAGAAACCAUUCACUUGUGAACAUUGCUCAAUGGCAUUUGCUGAUGGUUCGAAUCUAAAAAAGCAUGUAAGAAUUCAUACUGGCGAGAAACCAUAUAAGUGUGAAAUUUGUUCUAGGGAGUUUUCUGAAAUAGGACACAUGAAAAGACAUUGGAUGACCCAUACUCGCGAACGAACAUUUUCCUGUGAACAAUGCUCAAAGGCAUUUUUUAGCGCUUCAAAUUUAAAGAGGCAUCUGAGAACGCACACUGUCGAGAAACCCUUCGCCUGUGAACAUUGCUCAAUGGUAUUUUCUAAAGCUUUAUAUUUAAAAGAUCAUGUGAGAAUUCAUAUUGGCGAAAAACCAUAUAAGUGUGAAAUUUGUUUUAAGGAGUUUCCUGAAAUACGGCCCCUGGAAAGACACCGGAAAACCCAUACUGGUGAAAGAACAUUUUCCUGUGAACAAUGCUCAAAGGCAUUUUUUAGCGCUUCAAAUUUAAAGAAGCAUCUGAGAAUCCAUACUGGCGAGAAACCCUUCGCCUGUGAACAUUGCUCAAAGGUAUUUGCAGAUGGUUCAAAGCUAAAAAAUCAUGUAAGAAUUCAUACUGGCGAAAAACCAUAUAAGUGUGAAAUUUGUUCUAAGGAGUUUUCUGAACUAGGACACCUGAAAAGACACCGGAGGACCCAUACUGGCGAAAAACCAUUUUCCUGUGAACAAUGCUCAAAGGCAUAUGCUAGUGCUUCAAGCUUCAAGAAACAUCUGAGAAAUCAUGCUGGCUAGAAACCAUGAUCCUGCGCAUAUUGCUCAAGAGUAUUUUCGCAAGCUUCAAAUUAAAAAAAUCAUGUGAGAAAUUCAUACUGGAGAGAAAUCAUAUAAAAUUUGUUUUAAGGAGUAUUCCUGACUAGGACACCUGAAAAGACACCGGAGAAUCUAUACUGGCCAAAGAACAUUUUCUUGUAAACAAUGCUCAAAGGCAUAUUCUAGUGCUUUCAGCUUAAAGAAACAUUUGAGAAAUCAUACUGGCGAGAAACCAUGAUCCUGUGAAUCACCGAUUUUAAUAAAUAUAAAACUUUACACAUCCUUCGGUAAAACACUUAAAUGUAUUGAACACAUGUUUUUUUAUCGGCAACAAACAGCUUUAACGGGAUGAAAUUUACCCCUAAAUAUUGGAUAG